CUACUGAGACAUGAGCAGCAUGCAGGCGGAAGGAUCCAAAUCGGGUCCUUCGUUAUCCAGGGGCAUCUGCAGCCAACGGCAGCAUCACUUCCUGCUCAGAACCGGUCCGUCAGGAUUCCUGUUCAUCCCGGAGCGGAUCGUUUUCCAGCCGGGAGUCCUCACACGGACCAAUGAGCUGCUGACGCUCACAGAAAGCUGAGCUGUGAUUGGUCAGGAGGUCCUGCAGCAGGUGUGUCUCGGAUCCCGGACGGCAGAAAGACGUCCAGUUUCAGGUGAGAGGACACACUGAGGACAGGAGCAGAGGCUUCAGAGAAUUAAAGGUACUGCUGCUGGUUCUGGUUCUGUUCAAGCUCAACCAUGGAUGAAAACUUCUGCUCAGACAUGUGGUGGGGGACGCUCGGCACCAUCCGACCCUUCCCCAACUUCCACCCGGACCGAGACGCGGCGGACAUCCAGGCGGCGCUGGAGAGGAAAGACAUGACAGCUCUGGUGAGGAUCCUGACCAACCGCAACAACGCCCAGAGACAAGCCGUCGCCCAGAGCUUCCAGGACAAAACCAAGCAGGAUCUGAGCGGCGCUCUGAAGAAGGUUCUGUCCGGACAGCUGGAGGAGCUGCUGCUGCAGCUGAUGAUGCCGCCGGAGCAGCUGGAGGCCCAGCGGCUGAGGGCGGCCAUGGCGGGUCUGGGCACCGAUGAGGAAACUCUGCUGGAGAUUCUGUGUUCCCGCUCCAGGAAGACGCUGCAGGAAGUGGCUGCGGUCUACAGGCAGAUGUAUAAGAAGGAUCUGGAGAAGGAGCUGAAAGCAGAAACCAGUGGAGACUUCGGCCGGCUGGUUGUGGCUCUGCUGAAUAAAGCCGUUACUGCAAGCUCUGUCCAGAGAGACGUUCAGGCUCUCGCUGCGUCUCUCAGUGAGAAGAAAGCAGAAGCCGGACCCUGGAUCAGCAUCUUGACGUCCAGAGACUCGGAUCACCUGGAUAAAGUGUUGAUGGAGCUGGAGCUGGAGACGGGGCAGACGGUGGAUCAGCUGGUGGAGAAACGCUUCUCAGGAGACUUCCGGCUCGGCCUGAGAGUUUUAGGUGAGUCCCGGGUUAGAGGUUUGCUGAUUGUUGGGCUGAUUGAUCAACUCCUCAUGGUUCUGUGUUUGUGCUGGAACAGUUCAGUGCAUCCAGGACCCCGAGGUCUACCUCGCCCAGAGACUGCUCACCAUGAAGACGUCGCUGGUUCAGGGCAUCAUGGUGUCCCACAGCGAGGAGAACCUGCUGCCGAUCCGCGCGGCGUUCCUCAGGCUCAGCGGAUCGUCUCUCUACUCCACUCUGCAGGAACAUUUUAAAGGGGAGCAGCUGCUGGCUCUGCAGGCCAUCUGUCGGUCUGAAGAUUAAACUGAACCGUCUCUCUAGGAACCUGUUUAUUUCUAUUUCACAUCUUCUUUCCAUUUUAAUGACGUUUCUGACUUUCAUUUGUAACUUAUUAACUUUGUGCUGCUGGAAUAGUUUUGUUCUUUGUUUUAAUGUGUAACAUGAAGACAGAACUCAUUAAAACUUUAACAUGCAAACAAA